CAGGGAGAGUUUCGGGACAGAAGAUUUGAUCUCAAGAAACCCUAACUUUCCUAAGUCGCGUCGCGAGCCAUUGUCGCCGCAACUGCUGUGCUUCGUUCUUCUUCAGCAACCAUCGUCUCCUUCACGUACGCGUCUGUCUCCUCCUCCCUGUGCGUCCGGUGUGCGUCGACCGGCACUGUGACUGACUUCAAUUAAAGGUACGCCAUCAUCCGCCUCUGUCCCUUCUCCAUCUAUCUCAUCUGUGGGUCUCUGUUCUUUACUUCUUUGGCCGUCUCUGUCCCGUCUGCAUCUCUGAAGGCUGUUGGCCACGUCUGUGGUUCGCGAGCUGCUGUUGCAGAGUUGCAGUGUCGUUGGUGAAGCUGAAGCUGCGUGGUGGUGUUCUUGUUCUUCUUUAAUUUCACAAAAAUGAGUAGAGAAGCUAGUGUUGGUGGGUCUGGUGAAGCAAGCUCCAAUAGUGGUGCAGCCAUUCCAAGCGUAGCUUCCACAACUAGUGGAACUUCAGAUUCCAAAAGAUUGGCAGUGAAUGCUCCUGGAAAUAGAUCUGAUCCAGGUUGGAAACAUGGAAUUGCAGUUGAUGAAAAUCCAAAGAAAGUGCAAUGCAAAUACUGUCAAAAGGUGAUAAAUGGAGGGAUUUAUAGACUCAAGCAUCAUUUGGCAGGAACACAAAAGGAUGUUGGAGCAUGCAAGGCUGUUAGUGAUGAUGUAAGGAAGGAAAUGUGGAAAAUUGUAUCCUCAUUGCAAGAAAAUUUAAUAAAGAGGGCAAAGGAGAUUGAAGGAAGAUCAAGUGAUUCAAGUCCUCUUGGCCAAUAUGAAGAUGAGGAGGUGGAGGGUGCAAAAAGACAAAGGCGAGAAAUUGCAAAGAAUCCUGCUGAUCUAUUCAAGAAAAGGGGUGUGAGUAGUCAAACUACCAUCAAUGGCAUUUUCAAGAAGAAUUUGAGGGAGGAAGCUUGCCAAGGGAUUGCCUCUUUUUUCUACAAUAAUGCUAUACCUUUUCAUGUGGCAAAAAGUGAUGAAUUCAAGAAGAUGCUAGACUUGGUUGCAAGACAUGGUAUUGGCUUUAAGCCUCCAUCCUACCAUGAGAUUAGAGUCAAGUAUUUGAAACAACAAGUUGAUUGCACCAAAGAAGUUAUAGAGCAGCACAAAGCAUUUUGGAAGAAAAUGGGAUGCACAAUUAUGACUGAUGGGUGGACAGAUAAGAGGAGGAGGACUAUAUUAAACUUCUUGGUUAAUAGUCCUAUGGGAACCAUUUUUUUGAAGUCAAUUGAUGCAUCUGAUAUAUCUAAAACAGCUGACAAGAUUUUCAAGUUGAUGGAUGAAAUUGUUGAAGAAGUUGGUGAAGAGAAUGUAGUGCAAAUUGUCACAGACAAUGCAGCAAACUACAAAGCAGCCGGGGAGAUGUUGAUGGGGAAGAGAAAGAGGCUAUAUUGGACGCCUUGUGCAGCUCAUUGCAUCGAUUUAAUGUUGGAGGAUUUUGAAAAAAAGAUACCAAUACAUAAAGAGACAAUUGCACGAGGUAAAAAGAUCACAACUUACAUCUAUUCAAGGACUGCGCUUAUUUCUCUAUUGCAUCAUUUUACCAAAGAAAAGGAUUUGAUUAGACCAGCCACUACUCGUUUUGCCACAUCUUACUUGACUUUGGGUUGCUUGAAUGACAAUAAGGGAGCAUUGAUUAGAAUGUUUACAUCCAAAGAAUGGAAAUCUAGUCAAUUUGCAAAGACUAAAGAUGGAAAGGUUAUUGAAAAUGUGGUAAUGGAUAAGGACUUCUGGAAAAGCAUUAUUACAUGCUUGAGGAGUGCUUAUCCUUUGAUCAAAGUCCUUCGUUUGGUAGACUCAGAUGAGAAGCCUGCCAUGGGGUUCAUUUAUGAGGAAAUGGACAGGGCCAAAGAAAAGAUACAAGCUGCCUUUAAUGGUAUUAAGAAAAGUUACUUGCCUCUAUGGGAAAUUAUAGAUGCAAGAUGGGAUAAUCAACUACAUCGGCCUUUGCAUGCUGCGGGCUAUUACCUUAACCCUCAAUUUCAUUACAGUCCUAAUUUUAAAGCUGACUUUGAAGUGAAAAGAGGACUAUAUGAUUGUCUACAAAGGAUGGUUGAAAGUAUGGAAGAAGUAAAGAAGAUUGAUGCUCAACUGGAAGACUUCAAAUAUCGAAAGAAAUUCUUUGGUAGUGCAGUAGCCACUUGUGGAAUUGAAACCAAAACUCCAGCACAAUGGUGGGAAUCAUAUGGUUAUGAACAUCCUGAGUUGCAAAAGUUUGCUAUUCGUGUUUUGAGCUUGACAUGCAGCUCAUCUGGCUGUGAGAGGAAUUGGAGUGCAUUUGAGAUGGUCCACACUAAGAGAAGAAAUCGUUUGAAGGCAAAAACGAUGAAUGAUGUAGUCUUUGUGAUGGCUAAUUCAAAAUUAGCCAAGAAGAAGGAAUUGAGGAAAGUCAAUGACUAUAGCAUUGAUGACCUAGCUUCUGAUGAUGAUUGGAUUGUGGAUGAUAGUGAAAAUUUAGAUUUGGAUGCUUCAAAUGAAGAUUUGGUUCCAGUUGAAGAAGGACCUAGUAGUGGAGCACCUCAUGAUGAUUUGGAGCUGCCUAAUUAUGAUGAUGAUGAAGUUGAAGAAGGUGGAGAUGCUGGAGAUGAAGAACACAUGGAGGAUGAUUAUGAAUUCAUGAAUUUAUGAAGUUUAGACUUUAGAACUUGACUAUUAUUUUUCAUGUUGUAGACUUAUAUGUUAUCUAAAAUUUGUGACUUAUGACUUAUUUUAUGUGUGGAUUGUAGAAGACCUUAUAAAUGUUUAGUUUA